UCGAAGUCUAUCCCCUCAAUUUUUCAAAACCCUACAUUUGUUGUUGUUGCUGCUGCAGUUUCAUGCACCUGUUCUCAACCGCAAGCGCUCUCUCCUUCUCAGUUCAAUGGUACUCCAUGGAACUGUAUUGGGUUCGAUUUAAUUAAAGAUAUUGAGGGGUAUUUGAGACAGAGAGAGAAGGCAAAAAAGAAGACGAAGAUGGAGAAGAGAGUUGUUGAAAGACUACUUAGAGUAACUACUGGAGGAGAUUCCGUGAAGGGAAAGAGAAAGGGCCAAGGGCUUAAUGCAGUUGAAGGGAAUAGGAAAAAGAAGCAGCAGCAGCAGGAUGCCACACCUCGUCCUGCUUGCUCCUGGGUGCAUUUUAGUCGCGAGUUUAUCAAAGAGUACAGUGCUUCCCAUCCUGAAUCCUCAGGCUUAAAAGCUGCCACGAAGGCAGCCUCAGAUGCUUGGAAGUCCAUGAGCCUUGAGGAGAAAGCAAAAUACACUAAGCGUGCUCGUGAAGUGUGGGAUAACUACUUGAGCAAUGCUCCUCUCUGUGUCCCUAAGCCAAGAAAACAGGCCAAACUAGUCACAAGAUGUUCUCCUGGUCGUUUGUUCAAUGUUUUACAACGCCUAACACCAGACCAAAAGGAUGCUGUAAAGAGCCUGGGGUUUGGUAGCCUCCUUGGUCUAAGAUGUAGAACCCUCCGUCGCAGUUUGUGUCUUUGGCUAUUGGAGAGAUUUAACACUGUGCGCCGCUGCUUGGAGAUUUCUGAUGAGCGCAUUCCUUUAUCCCCGCGGGAUGUCGAACUUGUGAUGGGAUUAGCAGCUAGCGGGAAGGACGUGGUGAAUUCAGGGCCUGAUGAUUUAAUUGUAGAAUUGCGUCAAAGUUAUAAUGCUACGAAUCAUGGGAUUUCUGUCCGCCUCUUGGAGGAGCGGUUGGCAGCUCCAGAAGCAGGAGACGACUUUAAAAGAUCAUUUGUCCUCUAUGCAUUGGGCACUCUUUUGUGCCCUACAGCAAGGCUGGAUGUCAGCCCUUCAUUUCUUCAUGUUUUGACAAAUAUUGAUGUCAUCCAUCAGUACAACUGGGGGAAAUUCUUGCUUGACCGGCUAGUUCGUGAGGUAUCUCGCUUUCGACAAGGGAAGCAGCGCGCAGUUGGUGGUUGUCUUUUGUUUCUCCAGCUCUUUUAUUAUGAAAGCAUCUCUGUCAGAGGACCUUGCGAGUCAGCCCUUGUUGCUCCGUGCUUAUCGUCAUGGGGUGAGGAAGAAAUUACUGAGAGAGAAAAACUAGAAAGAGAGCUUGGUGGUUAUGGGUUUGGGGAGGUGAUGUACAAGGAGAGGUUCCUUGGGACGGAGUCAUUAGGGAACAAAUCAGAAUUGAAUGGCUUGCAAUUGGGAGAUGUGAGCACUGUGGUUGACCAUGGUCUUGCCCUUGGGCAGGAGGCACACUUGGCAAAUAUACCAGUUAAUCAUGAGAGAGGGAAUGUAGUGCGUGGGGACGUUGCAGUGGUGGUUGAAUUGGUCAAAGCACCUUGUAGAAACACAGAGUAUGGGUGUACAGAAACAGUGGAUUACAUGAAGAAAAAUGACCAUGAAGAAACAUGCAUUUGUGCACCAUGUGCAUGCCCCCUUCAGGAUUGCAACUUUGUUGGCUCAUCUGAACAGUUGUCACUACACUUCGGCAGCAAACAUUGGGAUUCUGGCAGGCGUUUCCAAUACAACUGCCCUUUGCUCGUCUCCUUAAGUGCGAAUGAGUCAUUCUUUGUUCUUCAAGCGGAGGAUGAUGGUAUACUCUUUCUCCUCAACAAGGGGCUUGAAAAUAUUGGGCAUACGGUCAUGAUUACUCGUAUUGGACCAAGCCUGUCGAAGGAGCAUUUCUUGUAUGAUAUUGUUUCUGAUAGGGGAAUCAGCUCCCUUAGAUUAAAAUCGUGUACACAAAAUUUUCCAGGACGGGUAGAAGGUUUUCCUCCAAUGGAUUUUCUUCUGAUUCCAUUUAGUUAUUUAGGUUCAUCUGGGCAGCUGAAUUUGGAGGUUUGUAUAUGGAAUUCAACUGAACUUGUAGCUGUUUGACCUUUUA